GGUCGUAUCGAAAUGCAGGUGAUGAGAUUUGGGAGGGCGAGAUGACUUGUUGAGCUCAACUGCUGGCACGAGCUGAUACCUAGGGCUCUUUCACGCGCUAUGAAACUCCAGCGCCUUGGUUGGAGCUGCUCGAGGGCGCUUCCUUGCGAUAACGCCCCGUACCCGCACGUCUGUGGAUGGCAGCGGAACCAGCCGAGGAAGAGGGAUGGUAGGAGGGCCUUCUCGGACAGGAUCCGGUUGAAUUUCUACGACCAAACGAUCCAGAAGUAUGCUGAGCUUCCCAUUCACCGGUUGACCAUACACGAGCUCAUGUCGUCCGGGCACAAAGUGAAUAACGAGAGGCUGAUCGCUAUCGCCCAGCACGUUCAGAGGGAGCUCUGUAUCAGGUUGGCAAGAAGGUUGUUGGACAUACAAACCCUGCCAUACAUUGUUGUUGAGAAUCCGCACAUUCAGAGUGUCCAUGCGAUAUACCACCGCGCGUUUGCAAAGCUUGUGGAUUUCCCAAAAGUCGUGAAUAUUAACCAGGAUGAGCAAUUCGUGCUGCUGUUGAAGGAGUUGGUUCAAGAGGGCGUGCAGGUUGUUCCGCUUCUAGCAAGAGGAAUCUACGAGGCGAGCUUGCGAGUGAGCACAGAGCGACUGAAUUGCAACAAAUUCCUUGCAGACAUGAUCAUGAGCCGGAUAAGUCGCCGAGUGAUCGCGGAACAGUUCAUCGCCCUACACCACCAUCAGCCUGGCUACGUCGGGGUGAUCUGCAAGGAGCUCUCUCCCCUCAAGGUCCUCGAGCACGUUGCUCCAGAGGCACAGAACAUCUGCCAGAGGACCUACGGCAUCUCUCCGAAGUACGUUGUCGAGGGAGACACUUCCAUCCUCUGCAGCUACAUCCCGACGCACCUCGAGUACAUCAUCUUUGAGCUCCUCAAGAACGCGAUGCGAGCCGUCUGCGAGCGCCACCUGAUGAACAAGGACGGGCUGCCGCCCAUCAAGUUCUUGCUCGCGCGAGGGCCGUCGGACAUGACGAUCAGGAUCUCGGAUGAGGGGGGAGGAGUGCCGCGCGAGUUCGUCAACAAGAUCUUCGACUUCGGGUUCAGCACUUGCAACCAGGAGAAUCGGCUCGACGACGAGUUCGACACGGCAGGGCUGGGAAUGGUGGAUCGAGCUGUGCUCGAGACUUCGCCCAUGGCAGGGCUGGGCUUCGGCCUUCCUGUUUCUCGCCUCUAUGCUCAGUACUUCGGAGGAGACGUGAAACUCUAUUCAGUCGAGGGUCAUGGAUGCGACACCUAUGUCCGGCUGGAUCACAUAGGAGACGUGGAGGAGUUCGAGGAGUAUGAUGGGUUCGACAUCUGGCGAUCGUUGAAGAAGCCAUACCUCGACAAGGACAAGACAACGUUCGGCACGAAGGCCAGCAGUGCGAGCAGGCGGGAGGAGCAACAGGGGUCUCCUGGGUAGGCGGAGGAGGCGGUGCCGGCACGUGUGGGUGAAUCUUUUACUGAGUAAACUUAAAGCUGCGAA